GUGCCCGCCCUCUCGCUGUGCCCGCCCGCUCGGCGCUGCCGCGGGGCCGCUGCGGGAACCUCCGCGGAGGGAGCCGGGGGAGCUGCUGCCGCCGCCGCCUGGCUGAGCUCGGAGUGCCCCGGGCGUUCGGCGGGGAGCCGGGGCCAGGCAUGGGCCUAAUAUUCGCCAAGCUGUGGAGCCUCUUCGGUAGCCAAGAGCACAAAGUAAUCAUAGUGGGACUUGAUAAUGCUGGAAAGACUACUAUUCUUUACCAAUUCUUAAUGAAUGAAGUGGUUCAUACUUCUCCAACCAUAGGAAGCAAUGUAGAAGAAAUAGUGGUGAAAAACACUCAUUUUUUAAUGUGGGAUAUUGGAGGACAAGAAUCAUUACGGUCAUCGUGGAAUACCUAUUAUUCAAACACAGAGUUCAUCAUUCUGGUGGUUGACAGCAUUGACAGAGAGCGACUUUCUAUUACAAAAGAAGAACUUUAUAGAAUGCUGGCUCAUGAGGAUUUACGGAAGGCUGCUGUUCUCAUCUUUGCAAACAAGCAGGACAUGAAAGGCUGCAUGACGGCUGCUGAGAUAUCUGCAUACCUCACCCUCAGCUCCAUAAAGGAUCACCCGUGGCACAUUCAGUCCUGUUGUGCUUUGACAGGAGAAGGAUUGUGCCAAGGCUUGGAGUGGAUGACCUCCCGUAUUGGAGUGAGAUAGCUUUUUUUUUUUCUUUUUUCUGUUUUUUUCUUUCUUUUUUUUGUUUUAUUCCUCAAAAAGAAGAGACUUCUAUUUAUCCUGUGAACAUGUACAUUUUUCUCUACUUUUGGCUGCUGAGGCAGUGACCAUGUUUAAUUUAUAUCAGCCAACCUCUUAGCUGUGCUUGAAUCAAGUGCAGUUGAACUGAAACACAAAAGUAUUUUCUUAACUUUUUUUAAUACACUAAUCUUCAACUGGAUGAACAUAUGUGAAUCUGUUUUUAAGCAUUGAAAUUCCUCUGAAUAUUAAUUCCAACUUUUUCAAUGAUAGCUUUUUAAAAUCUGUUUUGUCAUUGUCAAUAUUUCAUAUUUCCUCUUUCUAAAUAGUUGUAUAACUUACUAACAUAAAAGAGCACAUUUUAUUUAAUAAUUAAAAGUAGUGUUUAGCUUAAGUUUACUCUGCCAUAGCUUUAACCUCAAAGGAUAACCAUAUCUCCAGCUGGACUUUCUGGAACAUUAGUAGAGCUCUAGCCAGCACGAGAAUUAAUAGUUAUGAAUGCAAAUUUUUAAAUGCUUAAUGGGCUAGCUGUAGUUAACAUUUUGGAGGCUUUUAAUCUGAUACACAAUGGAACUUCUGCCUUAAAAGAAAUCUGUUUCAGUCUCAGUUUCUGUGGUAUGUAGUUUUAGGAAUAUUCUACUUGAAGAUGCAUCUCUGUACAGUGCAUAAAAAAUAUUGUUAUUAAGUGCUGGUAUAGUCAUUUAGAACUUGAAURCCUUUUCAAAGAUAAAUCGAUAAUUAAAUUUGGAAUCACAGCAGCCAGUGUUAUGUGUAGACUUGCUGUGUUCUGUUAAAGUUUUAAAUUCUGUAUACAUGAGCCUUCCUCACAUUUUAGUGAGAGUGCUGUUUUCUAAAUGAAUGCAAAAUCAAAAGGGAAGCCUGAUUUAUAAACAAAACAAAACCAUGGUGCUGGAUCUGUACACUCCAGAGUGAAGCUAAUCUUGACAUUUAUUUACCUACUACCUACGUUUACAGAUUCUCUCGCAGAGAAACUAUUUUGCCUUCAUUUUUCUUUUUUUGUCUUAUUUGCACAAACAGAGAACUUUUGACAGUGUUUGAGCUAGAUUCCUUCACCUGAAAUUUGAAAAGCAGGUAGUGAAAGGUUGGGUCCAGUAACUGUUAAUUCAGUUUGAAGGGGGAAUUAAGUUAAAUCUAAAGAUAAUCUAAAGGUACAGAGUUAACUGAGAACAUUAGGUAUCAAAUAAACCUAAACAYCAGUCGCCCCAAAAAACCUCACAUGAGGAUUAAAAAAAACAAACAAACCAACAAAGCAGAACCAAUAGUGGACACCCAAUUCCUAGCAUAGUCCCAUCAGCAGUCAGGUACCCAACCUACCUAAAUGCUUGGCAGGUUUUCCAGAAGUGUUGUUCUGCUCUUCUGCAUGCCUAAAAGCCACAUGGAAUUUGGUUACCAGAACCAUUUUGCAAACUGACUGUAGGCCUUUGAUGACAAAACGUUUUUGUUUAAUCUUGUUCUGAAAAUUUAAGCAUACUGAGUUUUCUUUAAUAAAUUUUAAGCUUUGUAAAUUUCAAUUUGCUUCCAUUUUAUUUAAACAAAACUUAAUGAAAGUUUAAGGGUGUCAGCAAAUAUGUUGUCAUAAGUGUUUGAAAGACUUUGGAUACAUGUGGAAACAAUGGUUGGUUGAAUGAAGUUGUGUAUUAAUACCAGUUAGCAAAAGUCACAUUUAGGACUAUAUUGAGUGACAAGUCAAAAUGUUCAGAAAAUAAUUAAAAUCAGCAAAAAGCAGUGCAUAAAGAAAAAAGGGAAGGCACGGUUAAAAUCUGGUAUUAAAGCUGCUUGCUCUGAUAUUUAGCUGUUUUAAUGYGUAAAAAUAAGGUUUGUUUUGCUCUUAGGAAGCAAAUUAUAAAGGAAAAAAAUAAAAUAGUAUGAAUGAUGUUUCUUGUUUGGUGACUUAAUUUUGGUUUUAUAAAUUUAAUAAAUUUAGAUGUAUUUUCAAGUUUAUUUUUAUGUGAUUCACAAUUUAGUUCUGAAUACUUACAGAGGACUAGCUGGAUAUAUAGUCCUUUCACUGUUAAAGAACAGAAGGUAUGAUUUUGUAUUUAAUGYUUUUUAGCUAAAACCAUUUGUAAAUCUAUAGUAUGGUUACUAAAUCCAGUCUUACAUGAGGUAAUAUAUAGAGCUUUGAUUAUGAGGAAAUGGUCUGAUCGUAGACAUCAGAAUAUCAGAAUAAUGGAAGGAUUCUUUUCAUUUCUUAGCACUUAAAACCUUUGAGUAUCUUCAAGAAUUAAACAUUUCUGACAAUUGCUAUGAUUUUUAUCAUCUAACAACUUAAUUUUCUGCAACAGUUUUCCAUUGAUAAUAUGGGUUUGUUCACAGCACUGUUGCUGUGAUUUUUUUUACUAUUAUUUUUUUGGGGAAGAAGGCUUGGUGUGGAAUUUUGGGGGGGCCUAUUUUUAAUAACUUCAGAGCUUGUUAAACUAAAAGUGAUUUGAUUAAAAUAUUUUUAAGGGGUGCCUUAGAAUUCUGUGUGUGUCUUUGCAUUGCCAAAUGCUGCAUUAUGUUUGCUAAUUUGAAUGUAAUAAAUGUCUUGCAGGUAGUUUUCCACUUUGAAAAUAUUCUUCUGUGUUUAAUAUGCUAUUCUCAAAGAACAGUGUUAAUCACCUUAUGUUCAACAAAUUACGGCAUCCUAUGCACAUUUAUAUUCUACUGCUGUAAAUGGGUUGGCACAUGGCUUUUUAUUUGUGUAUGUUUUUUUACUUUUUAUCUAGGUGGUUAAGAGGUUCAGUAUCUCCAAAGCAGGAUUCUUUCCAGCUCUUUAAACACACUGCACUCAUUAAGGUGAAGAAGACUUGGGCACAGCUGCUCAAAAUAUUUGUCAUCAAAAUAAAAUCGAGUUGAUCUGUUAA